GGACUGCUGAACUAGGAAAUAUUCCAGACCCAAUAAUACAACAUUGCUGCACCACUCGCAGCUUUAUCUAUUACGAGUUAUUUAAAUUGGACUUUUAAUAUCCUGCCAGCUGCUCUUCAGACACACAUGGUGCAUUGUUGCCAUUCCCAGAAUUGCAUCUUUGAAACCCAGGCCCUCAGUAACCUUCAUCGAACAAAGAGGCGACCUACAGGAUACAUUUAUAGUGGGGUUUUUCAGACCUACUGCCCUCUAGCUUUAUUCUAGCCGGUGCUGUAUUUCUAGCACACCAUGGAGCCCAGUAUGGAGUAUUGCUUAGCACAGGUGCUUCAGAAAGACGUUGGAAAGAGACUUCAGGUUGGCCAAGAAUUGAUAGAUUAUUUCUCAGAUAAACAGAAGUCUGCUGAUCUUGAACAUGAUCAGACAAUGUUGGAUAAAAUGGUUGAUGGACUUGCCACGUCUUGGGUAAAUUCCAGCAAUUACAAGGUGGUUCUGCUGGGGAUGGACAUCCUGUCUGCACUAGUGUCACGGUUACAGGAUCGCUUUAAAGCUCAGAUAGGCACAGUGUUGCCAAGUUUACUUGACAGGCUGGGAGAUGCUAAAGACUCCGUGCGGGAGCAGGAUCAGGCUCUGCUGCUAAAAAUUAUGGAACAAGCUACUAAUCCUCAGUACGUGUGGGAUAGACUGUUGGGAGGAUUCAAACACAAGAAUUUCCGGACGAGAGAAGGGAUUUGCCUCUGCCUUAUUGCAACCCUCAAUGUAUCCGGAGCUCAGAGUUUAACACUGAGUAAGAUUGUGCCACAUAUAUGUAACUUACUUGGCGAUCCAAACAGCCAGGUUCGAGAUGCAGCAAUAAACAGCCUAGUGGAAAUUUACAGACAUGUAGGUGAACGUGUAAGGGCAGAUCUCAGUAAAAAAGGAUUACCACAGUCUCGGUUGAAUGUAAUUUUUACAAAAUUCGAUGAGGUCCAAAAAUCUGGAAACAUGAUCCAGGGUGCAGGUGAUAAAAAUUUUGAUGAUGAAGACUCUGUGGACGGGAACAGACCUUCCUCGGCCAGUUCAUCUACAUCUUCAAAGGCCCCUCCAAACUCUCGCAGAGUUGGCAUGGGGACAGCUCGCAGACUUGGGUCUGCAGCUCUGGGCUCAAAGUCCACAGCAGCCAAAGAGGGAGCUGGUGCUGUUGAUGAGGAGGAUUUUAUUAAAGCGUUCGAUGACGUCCCAACAGUUCAGAUUUAUUCCAGCCGAGACCUUGAAGAAUCCAUAAACAAAAUUAGGGAAAUCCUAUCGGAUGAUAAGCAUGACUGGGAGCAGAGAGUAUCCGCGCUGAAAAGGAUCCGAUCCUUACUAUUAGCUGGAGCUGCCGAGCAUGAUAACUUCUUCCAACACUUACGCCUGCUGGAUGGAGCAUUUAAAUUAUCUGCUAAAGAUCUGCGGUCUCAGGUAGUGCGAGAGGCGUGUAUCACAUUGGGACAUUUGUCUUCAGUUUUGGGAAACAAGUUUGACCAUGGGGCAGAAGCUAUCAUGCCAACCAUCUUUAAUCUGAUUCCUAAUAGUGCCAAAGUAAUGUCCACUUCAGGUGUCGUAGCUGUUAGAUUAAUCAUCCGACAUACGCACAUCCCUCGGCUAAUACCCAUCAUAACCAGUAACUGUACCUCCAAGUCUGUUGCAGUUAGAAGGCGCUGCUUUGAGUUUUUAGACUUGCUGUUACAGGAAUGGCAAACACACUCCCUGGAAAGACACAUCUCAGUAUUAGCGGAAACAAUAAAGAAGGGAAUCCACGAUGCGGACUCUGAAGCCAGGAUAGAGGCAAGAAAAUGUUAUUGGGGCUUCCACAAUCACUUCAGCAGAGAAGCAGAACACUUGUAUCACACGCUGGAAUCCUCCUAUCAGAAAGCCCUGCAGUCUCACUUGAAGAACUCAGAUAGCAUAGUAUCCCUGCCUCAGUCCGAUCGGUCGUCCUCCAGUUCCCAGGAGAGUCUCAACCGUCCAUUGUCUGCCAAAAGAAGUCCUACUGGGAGCACUACAUCCAGAGCCUCUACAGUGAGUACAAAAUCCGUGUCAACCGCAGGAUCUCUGCAGCGGUCUCGCAGUGACAUCGAUGUGAAUGCAGCAGCUAGUGCCAAGUCAAAAGUAACAUCUUCUGGAGCUUCCACCCCCUUCAGUUCUGCAGCGGCCCUGCCCCCAGGCUCGUACGCAUCACUAGAUGGUACUACCACUAAACCGGAGGGUCGGAUCCGUACAAGGAGGCAAAGCUCUGGAAGUGCCACAGGUGUUACCUCAACACCUGCCGAUACCCGAGGUCGCAGCCGUGCUAAAGUAGUUUCACAGUCCCAGCGAUCCAGAUCAGCUAAUCCUGCUGGUGCUGGCAGCCGGUCUAGUUCUCCUGGCAAGCUGUUGGGAAGUGCGUAUGGCGGACUGACCAGUGGAACAGCUAGAGUCCCACCAGUGCCAUCAUCCUCAGAAAAACGCAGCAAGAUCCCUCGAAGCCAGGGAUGCAGCCGAGAGACAAGCCCCAACAGAAUAGGACUGGCACGGAGCAGCCGUAUCCCCCGACCCAGCAUGAGUCAGGGGUGCAGCCGCGAUACCAGCCGUGAGAGCAGUCGAGAUACAAGCCCUGCCCGGGGCUUCCCUCCACUUGCUUCUCGACGUCAUUCCAGGUCCACUAGUGCUCUCUCCACUGCUGAUUCUGUUGGGCAGUCAGACCGGUUUGGACUUGGACAGCCAGGCAGGAUGCCUGCUUCUGUGAAUGCCAUGCGAGUCCUGAGCUCAAGCACAGAUCUGGAGGCUGCUGUGGCUGAUGCACUGCUGUUAGGAGACUCCAGGAGCAAGAAAAAGCCAGUGAGAAGAAGAUAUGAGCCGUAUGGGAUGUAUUCUGAUGAUGAUGCUAAUAGCGACGCAUCGAGUGCUUGCUCUGAGCGCUCAUAUGGUUCUAGGAAUGGAGGCAUUCCACACUAUCUGCGACAAACUGAAGAUGUGGCUGAGGUCCUAAACCACUGUGCCAGUUCCAACUGGUCGGAGAGAAAAGAAGGGCUCAUAGGCCUUCAGAAUUUAUUGAAGAGCCAGAGGACGCUGAGCCGAGUCGAAUUAAAACGGCUGUGUGAGAUCUUUACGCGCAUGUUUGCUGACCCUCACAGCAAGAGAGUUUUCAGCAUGUUUCUAGAAACCCUGGUAGAUUUUAUCAUCAUCCAUAAAGACGACUUGCAAGAUUGGCUAUUCGUUCUCCUGACACAGUUACUUAAGAAAAUGGGAGCAGACUUGCUAGGAUCUGUGCAGGCAAAAGUUCAGAAAGCUCUGGAUGUAACAAGGGAUUCUUUUCCGUUUGAUCAGCAGUUUAACAUUUUGAUGAGAUUUAUUGUAGAUCAGACCCAAACACCAAACCUCAAGGUAAAAGUUGCAAUCCUGAAGUACAUUGAGUCCCUGGCAAGACAGAUGGACCCAACAGACUUUGUGAACUCCAGUGAGACCAGACUUGCUGUAUCUAGAAUCAUAACUUGGACAACAGAACCAAAGAGCUCAGAUGUAAGAAAGACUAUGCAUAGUUGGGUAGGUGAGGAUUUGCCAGCUAGAUCCACUACAGCCUCCUCAGGGCCUGGUGAAGGAAACUUGGAAGAGAAAUGUAAACAGGCAGCGCAAAUAGUCCUGAUUUCACUGUUUGAAUUGAACACUCCCGAGUUUACCAUGUUACUUGGUGCCUUGCCAAAAACAUUCCAAGACGGUGCUACCAAGCUCCUCCACAACCACCUCAAGAACUCCAGUAACACUAGUGUGGGUUCUCCUAGCAAUACUAUUGGUCGGACUCCUUCACGGCACUCUAGCAGCAGGACCAGCCCCUUAACUUCCCCUACCAACUGUUCCCAUGGUGGACUGUCUCCAAGUCGUUUCUGGGGUUGGAGUGCAGAUGGGCUGUCGAAGCACCCCCCUCCCCUUUCUCAGCCUAACUCCAUCCCCACUGCUCCUUCCCACAAGACUUUCAGACGCUCUUACUCGCCCAGCAUGCUGGAUUAUGACACGGAGAACCUAAAUUCCGAUGAAAUCUACAGCUCUCUUCGUGGAGUCACAGAGGCAAUUGAAAAGUUUAGUUUUCGUAGUCAAGAGGAUCUGAAUGAACCAAUCAAACGUGAUGGAAAGAAGGACUGUGACGUGUCUCGAGAUGGUGGAAUAGCUGCACCUGCCAGCGAUGUACGUGGAAGCAGUGAUGUCAUGGAAGGAGGAAGGAUGGCUCUAGAUAACAAAACCUCUCUACUUAAUACUCAACCUCCACGCGCCUUUUCAGGGCCCCGAGCCCGAGAUUACAAUCCCUACCCUUAUUCGGACACAAUCAACACCUACGACAAGACUGCCUUGAAAGAGGCUGUGUUUGAUGAUGAUAUGGAUCAGCUUCGAGAUGAAGUAUCCAUUGAUCAUUCUGAUUUGGUGGCUGAUCUUCUAAAAGAACUGUCCAACCACAAUGAACGGGUGGAAGAACGGAAAGGAGCCCUGCUCGAGCUAUUGAAGAUCACGCGAGAAGAUAACCUGGGAGUUUGGGAGGAACAUUUCAAAACCAUUUUGCUCUUGCUGCUAGAAACACUUGGAGACAAAGAUCAUUCAAUAAGAGCGCUGGCAUUAAGAGUAUUGCGGGAGAUCUUAAGAAAUCAGCCAGCAAGAUUUAAGAACUACGCAGAGCUAACCAUCAUGAAAACACUGGAAGCACAUAAGGAUUCCCACAAAGAGGUUGUCAGAGCUGCUGAGGAAGCUGCUUCCACCCUGGCCAGUUCCAUACACCCCGAACAGUGCAUCAAAGUGCUCUGCCCCAUCAUUCAAACCGCUGACUACCCGAUUAAUCUAGCUGCCAUCAAAAUGCAGACAAAAGUCAUUGAAAGGAUUUCAAAAGAAUCUUUGCAUCAGCUGCUUCCUGAUAUCAUCCCUGGAUUGUUACAGGGGUACGAUAAUACAGAGAGCAGCGUUCGCAAAGCCAGCGUGUUUUGCCUAGUGGCAAUUUAUUCAGUAAUUGGAGAAGAACUGAAACCUCACCUCGCACAGCUCACAGGAAGCAAGAUGAAGCUACUAAACUUGUACAUAAAGAGGGCCCAGACCACCAAUAGUAACAGCAGCUCAUCUUCAGAUGUUUCAACGCACAGUUAAUGGAGAUAUCUGGACAUGUGUGUAGACUUAGAAGCAAUCAGCGGUGCCUCUCAGAGACCUUUCUGCUACCCUUUCUUCAUUGGCACGUCCCAUCAACUAAAGGAGGCCACGCAGAUAUUUAUUGCAAUCAGUAUUUUAGUCCUUUAAAGCUUUUAUGUAGACUCUUAUUGGUACUGAAUGUAAAGGAAGCAAGGCCUGUGUUGCAGUCCUCAUUUAAGAAAAAACAACAGUAGAAAGCCAUACUUAAACAUAUUGGUAUAGCCAGCUGAAAUCUUUACCAUAUGUUUAGGUUGCAGUGUUUCAGAACUGAGUCCAAACAACAUGUUCAUGCUUAAAAGCGAAGUGAGUCCUUUUUUUAGUUAAUUUGACACACAGUUUUAUUUUUUAACAUUUUAAUUUCCUGCUGUGUAAGCAAUUUUUCCUUCUGAGCGUAACCCAUUUUGGCUAGACCCUUCACCUCACAAGUGCAGUGUUAUGUCCCAUUCUAUAUCUCUGAUCUGAAACUUGCCCAAACCUCAAGAUCUUGAUGAUGAAAUCUUUGCAAAUAUUGCCAUGCUUCUGGCAUUUAAUGCUUUAAGACGGAUCGGUACCUUUAUUGAGUAAU